UUCUCCCCUUUUCCCUCUCCUCCUAGCACAGAGGUUGGGUCCUUACAAAGUUGUACUCACUCCGUACUCACAUCAUGCUCACACAAUUGUAUUCACAUCGGAAACAUUUUCAUAUUGGUAUGUUUUUAUUCAUGGAUAGAUAUUCUCGAUGCACGGAGAUAUUCGCAAUACACGAUUGCAUGUGGCUGUGAAGACGAUGUGAACACGGUCUUGUGAUUACUGAAUCCGAAUUCGUGCUCUUCUCUCCUGAAAUCUCUCUACUCUCUCUCUUAUCGUAAAAAUUUAUUUCAGUAGUUUCUCGCAUUUCAUCUCUCAGAUCUAUCCUUAUACAGUGGCACUUCUGUAAAAUCGGUCUGAUUUACAUGGCUACGAUACUCGAAUCGGUGAUUAUUCCUCGUCCUUCUGGAUUCCUUACGGCCCUGUCGCCGUCACCGACGGCUUCCUCGAUUACUGCUUUCCCGAACGGUUGGAAAGUCCUCAGCCUGCCCGAAUUUAAGGGUUUGAGGAUUCAAUCGCGUCCUCUGAUGCACACGUCUCCGUCGGUAAGCUUGAGUAACGCGGAGAUUUCUAGACGAGGAGGAAGGAUCGUCCGCGAGGCUCGGGAUACUACAGCCCUCGAUGGUUUUCAGGUGAGAAAACCACUCUUACCAAGUAACAGGCUUUACUUGAAUAGAAUAAAUUUGUGUCUAUCGUCUCAAUCUGCUGAAGUCUUGCCUCCUUUAGAGAACCACAAGAGUCGCCCUAUAGUUAAGAUGUGUGGAAUUACGUCAGUGAAAGAUGCUGUGAUGGCUGCAGAAGCUGGUGCUAGUCUUAUUGGGAUGAUUCUUUGGCCCAACUCAAAGCGUUCUGUCUCAUUCUCAGUAGCGAAAGAAAUUUCAAAAGCUGCAAGAGAAUAUGGAGCAGAGCCUGUUGGUGUAUUUGUGGAUGAUGAUGCAGAUACAAUAUUAAGAGCAUCUGAUGCAUCAGACAUUGAACUUGUGCAGCUUCAUGGAUGUGGUUCACGGGCUGCUUUUCCAAUAUUAUUGCAAAAAAGCCGAAUAAUCUAUGUUCUUCAUGCCAGUGAAGAUGGUGACCUUCUAAAUCAAAUUCCCAAUGAAGAAUCUUCUCAAGCUGACUGGAUUUUAGUGGAUAGUGCAAAGGGUGGCAGUGGUAAAGGGUUCAACUGGGCAAAGUUUAAGCUACCAUCCAUUAAAAGCAAACAUGGAUGGCUGUUAGCCGGUGGGGUCAACCCUGACAAUGUUCUUGAAGCCAUCACCACUCUUAGGCCCCAGGGAGUAGAUGUGAGCAGCGGUAUCUGUGCGGCUGAUGGCAUCCAGAAGGACAAGUUCCGGAUAUUAUCCUUCAUGAGUGCUUUGAAUUCAUCAAACCACUGAUCUUUUGGAAGAUAAAUGUUUGAGAACUCUAUGGAAUUUUCUAUUUUGUUUUCAUCCUUUUCAUUGAAAUUUCUUUCCCGUUAUCAAAAUUUUGUUUGUUUAUUGAAGAGGC